CCUUGAUGCAUUCUAGAGGUCGCUACUCUUUACUUACAAACUGAAUUGAGAGAUCGAAUUCAUGACACAUAAACAAAUGAACGUCAAUGCGUGUGCUCUCGUCGGAUUUUAAGUUGAGAUUAUUAACUUACCACCAUGACGAAUUAGGAUAGAAACUUUCCUGAAAGCUGCUACCGAUUGUAAGCGAAAAAUGUCGACUAAGUUUUCCGGUGCAAUCCUACUUUGCUUGGCGGCUCUGCUCAGUUCCGCACGGGCACAUGGCUGGGGUGCGGAGGAUUUGGAAAUCUUCGAUCUGGUGGAGGAGGUCAACGAAAACUUCUACACCUUGAUGCAGAUCAAUCAGAAUGCCACCAACCAAGAGAUCAAACGAGCCUUCCGGACGCUCUCGGUGGUGCUCCAUCCGGACAAGAACGAUGCCGAGGAUGCAAACAUCAAAUUCCGCAAUCUGGUAUCGGUUUACGAAAUCCUCAAGGAUGCUGGCAAGCGGGAAAAGUACGAUAAGGUACUGAAGGAUGGAAUGCCCAACUGGAAGUCCGCUCUGUGGUACUAUCGGCGGGUCCGGAAGGUUGGAUUGGCCGAGGGAGCUGCGAUCGCCCUGCUGGUGGCCACCGUAAUGCAGUACUUCAUCGCUUGGGCUGCCUAUGCCGAGAAGAAGUACACUGCUGAACAACUGUUCGGAAGCAAACUGAAGAAGCUGCAGAAGAAAAACAAAGCGAAUGUGGGUCUCGAUACGAUAUUGAGCGAGAUUCCGAAGCCAAGCAUAUUCAACACACUGCCAUUUCAAAUACCGCUGGGGAUCUGGCGAACCGUUACCGGAACUCCGGGUGCCGUCAAAUCGGCCGUCAAUUUUUAUGCGGAGCAGAAAAAGCUGGAGGAAGAGCGGAAACUGAAGGAAAAGGAAGAGGAAGAGCUGCAACGGAAGCUGGAAGAGGAACGAGCCCGGGAAAAGGAAGAACGCACCAUUCGAAGGCGCAACAAAAAGAACGCCAUCCAGGAGAAAACGGACGCCGAACUGGCCGCCUACACCCAGAGCAUCAUCAAGGACCGGGAUCGGAACCAGGGAUCGGAAAAGCCGGCGAGGCCUUUGGUUAGUGGCGGUUUGUGGACCGAGGACGAUUUGACCGAGCUGGUUCGGUUGGUGAAGAAGUACCCCGGAGGAACGGCCGACCGGUGGGAGUUGAUUGGGGAAAUGAUGGGUCGAUCGGUUUCGGAGGUUACCUAUAUGGCCGCUAAGAUGAAGGACGGAGGCUAUAAGCUGCCCGGACAGACGGAAAGUGUUGCCGAGACCAUUAUUCAGGAAGCGGCCAAACAGAAGGUUAAGACGAAAAAGACUGGUGAUGCUUCGGGAACUGAGGCCAAUGUGAAUUGGUCCCAGGAACAGCAGGCGGCUCUGGAGUCGGCUAUCCAGAAGUAUCCUAAAAGCGGUUCUUCGGAUCGGUGGCAGAAGAUUGCGAAUAGCGUGCCGGGCAAGACGAAGGAGGAGUGCAUGGCCCGCUACAAGUACUUGGUGGAGUUGGUGAAGAAACAAAAAGAGGAGAAGGAUAAGGAGCUGGCAGAUGAGGAGAGUGUCGAAACGAUCGUAGACGCUACUACUGCUGCUGUUGAGGAGGUUAAGCCAAAAGGCAAGGGUAAGGGGAAGAAAAAGUCUGAAGAGGAGCGGACCGAGGAUGUCGUUGAAGUGGAUGAAGCUGAAGUUGAGUCUGCCAGUGAUAAGCCUAAAUCAGCUGCUGGAGGUGGUAAGGCGAAAAACAAACGGCGGGAGAAGAAGAAAGCCAUCGAAUAUUACAGCUAUGAGGAUUCAGAAGAGGCCAGCGAUCCGGGAGAGAUUUAGCCAGAACUCAACAACUAAUCCACUUAAUCGCGUGUGUUUUGAUAAGUUUGUAACAGGUACCCACCUAAUGUGAGCGUUGUAAAUUGCAAUUUACCCCGAGAUAUGGAUGUAAUAAAACGGACAAAAUGAGGCACAAACUA